UCGAGCUCUCAGCUUAUCUUCACCAGUGGGGAGUAUUAGAGUCGCCAUUGAGCCACCCCUUCUGCGGGAGGUCCACAACUUUUGCCUUUGAGAUUAACUCCGGGGGUCCAACCUCUCCCCGUUUAUAAAGACUGGGCCAGGUCCACCCCUUGCCGUCUGCACCGUUUCUGCACCGCAUGUGCUCGCGUAGCGAAAUCAAGGAAUGCCUCUCAUCACCCAGUUUCCCUGGGUCCCCAAAUUUCUCAAACCGUCAUCUCUCUUACCGAGACGCGAGCAAUGCCGGCCACUGGAGAGUCGUCUUCGGUCUCGAUGCCGUUGUCGCCGGCUCCACCGACCGACAAGGGCACAUACGCCCGGUCGAUGCAGCAGCACACAAAGCGGCAGAUAGAAGCCAUCUCGCAGUCGCAACCGAGGAGUGCGCAGCACAGUCACGAUUCGCCGACCUUUGUGGCCGACGGCGUCUCGGGGCGCAGUCGGGAUUCAAACCAACACAGCCACCAGACAUGACGUGCCAAGCGGCGGCGACGGGCGGCGGUCGAGCGGGCGCCUGCUUCCGAUCAGCUAUCCGCCUGGGAGUAUGAAAAUGGAGAGGAAAGAAAAGAAAACAACAACAUAUGCAUCUGCGCGAUGGACUGCGGUCCAGGAAGACGACCAAGCUCGAGGAGCCCAUGACCAUGGGCUGCAAAACGGGUGACGUGACACAUGACGAAGCACAAUGAGCAUACAUGAAGGGAUCGCUGUUUGGAUUUUUGCGAGCACGGCGUUGAAUGGAU